AAACACAACUAUUCCCGACAAGCCCCCGUUUACCAAUCCCCUGCCCCCCCUUCCCCCUUCGUCCCCCCUGCGGCCGGGAAGAUGAUGAUGACGCGGGCAUCGAUGGGGGCCAUGGAGGGAUCCGCGGUGGACGAGGUGGUACGGCGGCUGGUGGAGGGCGGUCGCAGCGGGCGGCAGGUUCAGCUGUCGGAGGCGGAAAUCCGGCAGCUCUGCGUCGACGCCAAGCGGGUGCUCCUCUCCCAGCCCAACCUCCUCCGCAUCCACGCCCCCGUCAAGAUCUGCGGUGAUAUCCAUGGUCAGUUUGUUGAUCUGUUGAGGUUGUUUGAUUUGGGUGGUUAUCCUCCAACUUCCACUUACUUAUUCCUCGGAGACUACGUAGAUAGAGGCAAACAGAGUUUGGAAACUAUAUGCUUGCUGCUGGCAUACAAAAUAAGGUACCCUGACAAGGUUUUCCUGUUAAGGGGGAACCACGAAGAUGCAAAAAUCAACAGAGUUUAUGGUUUCUAUGAUGAGUGCAAGAGGAGGUUCAACGUACGACUGUGGAAGAUAUUCUCUGAUUGCUUCAACUGCCUGCCUAUUGCAGCACUCAUUGAUGAUAAGAUACUAUGCAUGCAUGGUGGCCUGUCACCUGAACUGAAUGAUCUGGACCAAAUAAAGGAUAUUGAGAGACCAGCUGAGAUUCCUGAUUAUGGUCUCCUAUGUGAUUUGCUUUGGUCUGAUCCUAGUCCCCAUGGAGAAGGGUGGGGGGAGAGUGACAGAGGUGUUUCGUGUACGUUUGGUGCGGAUAAGCUUGUAGAGUUUUUGGAGAAGAAUGAUCUUGACCUUAUUUGCCGAGCACAUCAGGUGGUAGAAGAUGGUUACGAGUUCUUUGCACAGCGGAGAUUAGUGACAAUCUUCUCAGCCCCAAAUUAUUGUGGGGAAUUCGAUAAUGUAGGUGCUCUGUUGAGCAUAGAUGAAAACCUAAUGUGUUCAUUUCAAAUCUUGAAGCCAACGGAAACAGGCAUACCACGUGUAAGGAGAUCAAUUCCAAAUAAGCCAGCAUGUGGGGAAAACUCCUGAUCAACAUCCAAUUCCCUCAAUAUUAUUUUCGUCGGCUCAAAGGGGGCAAUCUGAUCUAUUGUUUAGAUCCACCAGCCAAUCAUCUUGCCCUAAUUUCUCUUAAUUCCUAAGCAUUUGUUUGCUCUGCACUACAAGUUCUUCUGUACAGCAUGUUUGUGAGUUGAUGUAGCUUUUAACAUUUUAUAUACCAUUAUUUCUUAUUUUCUUUCAGUUUUGGUUCAGGCUACUAAUCUAUUAUUUUAAUGCAGUGUAAAGGAAAAGUUUGUUUUUUGUUUCU